AACGGAAUAUUGGACCAAAUCUUUCGCGCUGUUGAAUUCUUCGAGAAGCGACUGCUGGCUCCGCUCGAUCACACUCUCGCAAGCUUGACUGUUGGCGACCAAGCGAUGGCCAGCAGCGCGUGCAUCGCUGCCACCUGCUCGAGCUGGACCGUCUCGUGCCGGCAGCCCAGGGGAAGCAGCAGGCUCAAAACUCAGCCUCGACCCUUCCGCGCCUUAACCUCCUGUACCUCCAGCUGCUCCGUCUCGCUCGCGGCAUUGUCGUCGUCUCCCGAGAGUCCCAGCAGGUCCAGCGUCGACACUUCCCUGUGGAAGCGCGACGAGCUGCAUUCUGCGUUGUUGAACUUCGGACGCACAGAGUUCAGAGCGCGCUCCGGCUCGAAACUUGUCCUCGCCAUGGCUGCGGAGAUGAAGACCGUGUUGGUUACCGGAGCUGGUGGACGAACUGGCCAAAUUGCUUACAAGAAACUUGAAAAGAUGUCGGAUCAAUUUAUUGCGCGCGGGUUGGUGCGAAGUGAGGAGAGCAAAUCGAAAGUUGGUGGAGGUGAUAGUAUAUUUGUCGGUGAUGUUACAAAGCCUGAGACACUCAAGGAAGCGUUCAGCGGCAUCGAUGCCCUGAUCAUCCUGACGAGUGCAGUGCCUAAAAUGAAGCCAGGUUUUGACCCCACCAAGGGAGGUCGUCCUGAAUUUUAUUAUGAGGAAGGAGGUUUCCCAGAGCAGGUUGAUUGGCUCGGACAGAAGGCCCAAAUUGAUGCUGCCAAAGAAGCAGGAGUGAAACAGAUUGUUCUUGUGGGAUCUAUGGGUGGAACCAACGACAAUCAUCCUCUGAAUGCUCUGGGCAACGGAAAGAUUCUUAUCUGGAAACGGAAGGCAGAAAAAUAUUUGUCUGAGGCUGGACUUCCCUACACAAUUAUCAGAGCUGGCGGACUUCAAGACAAAGAUGGUGGUAUAAGGGAGCUCUUGCUGGGAGCAGAUGAUGCACUACUUAGCACUGACACGAAGGCAGUCGCCAGAGCUGAUGUGGCAGAAGUUGCCAUUCAGGCUCUUCUUAACGAGGAGGCGAAGAACAAAGCUUUGGAUUUGGCAUCGAAGCCUGAGGGUGAAGGGACUCCAACCACAGAUUUCAAAGCCUUCUUCAGUCAAUGCACAGCCACUUUUUGAAUAGAUAUUCGUAAUUAGAAACGGUAUCAUACUUAGAAGCUGGGUAGAAACUAACGGCUUUGACAUAGAUUAGAGAUGAGGCAGGUGUACAGUGGUACUUUCAGGUGGCUUUGCGAUUGUUUCCACCUCGUUGUGUUAUUCAUGUGCAUAAUGUAUAUCUGCGCGAGUGCGAAGAAUUGCACUUCAUCUUUGGUAGUGUGUGAAUAGCAUGUUUGUUGAUGCGGCAUGGGGAACGGAUGAAGAGUCUUAUCUUUCUACUGCAAAUUGUGUUGUACACAUCAGUUGUAGAUGAUGUGCUGAGUAUGGUCAAGAUGGUAUGCUAAAGAUGUGUUUACCAUGAGUUUUCAGUUUUCC